CGGAAGUGACGCGCGGGCGCUUCCGGUCUGGGGCUGUCGCGGCCCCGCCGCCCCCUUGGCGCUGCCCGCGCGGGGCCCGAGCCGCGGCCGCCGGGUGUCCGGAGCGAGGAGAACAUGAAAGGGGCUAAGCAGCGCCCCCCUGCAGAGUGCCUCUACCUGAGCUUCUCCCACCGGGCCGAGGGCUGCGUCUUCCCGCUGCACACGGCGGCGAGCCUGUUCCUCUUGGCCUACUGCGACUGCAGAGCCUUCAAGGUGUACUUAGUUCUCACCGAAGACCGUGAAGACGUUUCACUGCCCGAAAGUCCCCCGGCCCCGGGUGUCCAGACACACGUCAUCUCCCGGGACGAGCUGCCCCCCAUAGUCCAGAAUUGCUGUUUGCCUGCGGUGGUGGAAACACCCGACAAUUUCUGUCGAGCUGGGCUUGCGGUCGUGCUAAGACACAUCAUCCAGAGGGCCUACGACUUGGACCCCUCGAGGAAGGAGCUGCUAGAGCUGCUGGGUUUCAAGAAGACCUGCCUGAAAGCAUGUGCCGAAGUCAGCCAGUGGACGCGACUCUGUGAGCUCACCAUCCCGCUGGCCACUGAGCACUUCCUCCGGGAGUCCCCGCAGGCCCCGUGCGUGCCCGCCGAGCUGCAGCAGCUGGAGCGGAAGCUGGGGGAGCCCGUGCGGGUGCACAACGACGACAAGCUGCGGCGGCAGAAGCUGAGGCAGCAGCAGGCGGCGGCGCCCGGCCCCCGCCCGGCCCAGGCCCAGCGCCCCGGCACGGGCCCCGGCCCGGAGCUGCAGGCGGCCUUCUGCAGGCUGGGGCUGCAGGAGGAGCCGGCCGCCGCCCCCCGGGAGCCGCCCCGCGUCCGCAGGGCCCGGGCGUCCGAGCUGCCCCCGCUGGAGCACGUGUUCGCCGAGGGCCUGUACUUCACGCUGGCCGACAUCGUGCUCCUGCCCUGCGUCCACCUCUUCCUGGUCGCCCUCUCCAGGAGGCUUUCUGAGAAGCUGGCCGAGUUCCCGCUGCUGGCCGCGUGGUACCAGCGGGUCCAGGAGGUGCCACGGGUGAGAGCAGCGGCUUCUCAGUGCGGGAUCCGUUUCCUGCACCUGCCAGAGUUGCUGUCCCGCUCCCAGGAGCAGCGGCCCGAGCUCUCGGAGACCCUGGGCGCGGAGGACCCCGAGGAACAGAGCGAGGCUCCGUUCGUAGGCGGGCCGAGACCCACGAUGACCAAGCUGAGGGAGAAAGGCAUUGAAGUGAUGUUUGCUCCGCACCCUUGCCCCGCGUGGACCCUUGAUUGGAAUUCUCUUCCUGCAGCCGUGAGCCCAAAGGAAGGCAAGAUGUCCAGCGACCGGGCCCUGAGGAAGCAGCAGCAGCUGAACAACCUGGUCUCCGUGGUGACGCAGCAGGCCAAGCCGGGGGACCGGAUCGUGGACUUCUGCAGCGGUGGGGGCCACGUCGGGAUCGUCCUCGCUCACGUGCUGCCCCUGUGCCAGGUCAUAUUAGUAGAAAACAAGGAAUUAUCAUUAAUCCGAGCUAAGAAGAGAAGCGAUGAACUAGGUUUAAGCAACAUUUGGUUCAUCCAAGCGAAUAUGGAGUAUUUUACAGGGAUGUUUAAUAUUGGGGUGGCCCUGCACGCGUGUGGCGUGGCCACGGACAUGGUGAUCGACCACUGCAUCCAAGCGCGGGCCACCUUCGUCACGUCGCCUUGCUGCUACGGUUUUAUCCAGAGAACUUCCAAGUUCAGCUUCCCAAAGAGCGAGCAGUUCAAGGCGGUGCUGUCCUACAAGGAACACAUGAUUCUGUGCAGAUUCGCAGACCAGACCGCCGUCCAGCUGCCGGCCCCACGCAGGCUCAUAGGGAAGCAGUGCAUGUACCUCGUGGACCUGGACCGCGCCCGAGCCGCCGAGGAACGGGGCUACUCAGCUCACGUCAUCUCCAUGGAGCCGGAGAGCUGCUCGCCCAAGAACAACAUGAUCGUGGGGGUCCCCGUCUAGGGGGCGCCGGCCGAGCCCCCCGUGCCCGGGGAGAGCGAGCGACGGAGCAGCUGGAGGAGGGUUGGGGGGGCCGCCCCCCAGGGGCCCUGCCCGGGGGACCAGAGCCAGUGCGGGGCUCCCUUCUAUAUUUCUAAUGAUUGUACCUUUUCUAUGAUUUUUUUUUAAAAGAAUCUAAUCGGGUAAAUAUAGUACGUUUGAACUUUUGGUUU